GCCGGGCCGGGCGGCAGGAUGGGGCUGGAGCUGUACCUGGACCUGCUCUCGCAGCCCUGCCGCUCCAUCUACAUCUUCGCCCGCAGCAACAACAUCCCCUUCGAGUUCAAGCAGGUGGAGCUCUUCAAAGACUCGGUGCUGGGGAAGAAGCCGGCGGCGGGGAGCGGCUCGGAGCAGCCCCAUGCAGGGUCAUCCAAUAGUGAAGGAGCUGGCAAAGUCAGCCUCUUGAAGAAGGUACCAGCACUAAAGGAUGGAGACUUCACCCUAGCAGAAUGCACCGCCAUUCUGCUGUAUCUGAGUCGAAAGUACAACACACCCGACCAUUGGUACCCAUCAGACAUACAGAAACGGGCCCAGGUAGAUGAAUACCUCUCGUGGCAUCAGGCUAACAUCCGGGCUAAUGCUCCUAAGACCAUGUGGAUCAAGGUGCUGAUUCCCCUCUUCACAGGGCAGCCACUGCCCUCUGAGAAACUCCAGGAGGUUAUGGAGGGGCUUUCUGCUUCCCUAAAGCAAUUUGAGGAGAGGUUUCUGCAGAACAAGGCUUUUAUCAUCGGGAGUGAGAUCUCUCUGGCAGAUCUCGUGGCCGUGGUGGAGCUGAUGCAGCCUGUGGGAGUUGGUUGUGACAUCUUUGAAGACAGACCUCGGCUGAUGGAGUGGCGCAGGCGGGUGGAGGAUGCUGUGGGGAAAGAGCUUUUCCUUCAAGCCCAUGAGAUGAUCUUCAAUAUCAAAGAACUGAGCAACAUUCAAAUUCAUCCACAGCUGAAGGAGCAUCUGGCACCUGUGUUGAUGAAGAUAUUGAAAUGAAUUAACCUAUCUUACCAUUUUUCAUGCCCCUUUUGUUUUAACUGCUUCUCUGGCCCCCAGUUCUAUAUGUAACUGGAAAGAGCAUUGUAAUUCUAACACAGAAACUGCAGAGUGUUUCUCCCCCCCACCAGACCUUUCCUGUAUCUUUGUGCAUGGAAGCUGGGGAAGGCUUAAGACCUGAAACAUUAAAUUCAUCCAGAAGGCUGAGGCCCUACGGGUCA